GGAGAAACAGGCACUUGCACAGGCGGCCAUUUUUUCGACGGUACAGUUCUGUGAGGUCCGUUGCGCUUGCGCGAUGUCAAACUGUGAGGCCAAUGGGUGCGCCUGGUCGAUUCCACGUGACCCCAAAAAUGUCAGAAUGGAGCAACAUUUCAAUGUAAUAUUUAAUUGUUUUGUUUCUUUUGGAUUGUGUUUUUUUCUAUCGCUAUUGUACAUAGGAAGUCUUCACAUAUGGAACAGUCAAUUUCAUAGGGACCAUCCAUCCACAAUCAAGAAACGAUUCAUCAGCGUAUUUUUUAUGUUAUUUAUAGGCCCUUAUAUAGCUUAUUUGGGUCUUCAUAAGGAAUAUCUUGAAAAGCAUUCUUUGUAUGAAAUUUUAGGACUUAAAACUAAAGGACUAUGUCAAGCAACAGUGAUGCCUCUAUUUUUGACCAUGAUAUUCUUCCUGGGUCCUAUAGUGGUGGAGUUACAUAGUGGACUUUCCAAAUUAUACACAGAGCAGUCUUAUUGGAUAUCCAAUCUUACAAACCUAAUAUGGUUACGGAAUCAUAUUGUGGCACCACUCUCUGAGGAAUUCACAUACAGGAGUUGCAUGCUGCCACUGUUGUUACAGAGUUUUUCACCCACAACAUCAGUCAUACUCAGUCCCUUGUUAUUUGGAGUAGCACACUUUCAUCACCUUCAUGAAAGAGUGAAAUAUGGACUGGAUUUGAAGACGGCUCUAAUGAUAUCUUGUUUCCAAUUUGUGUAUACAACACUUUUUGGUAUAUACUCGGCCUAUCUCCUAUUGCGAACCGGCCAUUUCGCAUCCGUGUUUAUCGUUCAUGCGUUUUGCAAUCAUAUGGGCUUCCCGGACGUGACGGAAGUUAUGACGUAUAAGAUGAAGAAAAGAAUUAUUAUUAUAGCAGUAUAUAUCCUUGGUGUUACACUUUGGGUCUUCUUGCUUAAGCCUCUGACUGAGCCAAAGUGGUAUUUUAAUGACAAUCCGUGGUAUAUUUUAACAGAGAGUCAUACACACAGUUUUAAGGUUCCUUCCAUUCGAAGAUGAUUCGUCCAUAAGCCGCAACAAUUAUUGUCUAAUAAUAGUAAUAUUUAAAUAAUAAGUUUUUCACGUCACAAAUUGAAAAUGUAUCUUUACAGUAGACCAAUAAUCACACUAACACAAGUUUUUAAAAUACGUAGCAAAUCAAUUGAUCAUUUAAAAUUCACAUGCAAAUUUUUUGUUGAUGCAACCAAAAAUAAAAUAUUCUUUUCUCUUGAAGGAUAGAGGCCAAACAAAUUGAUGACGAGUGUUUGGCUCUGUUAUUAAUUCAUGAAUACUGAUUAUACAGCUAUUGAAGAAAGAUAAUGCCAAAUAUACAUAUAGAUAUUGUUUAAAUGUAUAUAGCAAAAUAGCUCCAAAUAUUCAAUUUAUUUUAUUCUAAAUAUAUAUUUAAGACUGAGAUUUAUAUGAAAAUAAUUUCGUAUCAUAAUUAUUUUUAAUUUGCACAGUUCCACCCCUCACAGCCUCUUGUAUGUUGAGCUUCAAUGACUGGCAAGUAGACCACAUGACAAUCGUCCACGGAAUAACUAUAAUUAACAUAUUUAUUCAAUAAAUGAUUACGGUGUUGCUAUAAGAGUUUAUUUAAAGCUUCUAUCUGCCAUUUUAUGUUCUAAUAUUAAAAAUAUGAGGUCAAAAACUGAAACUAAUCCAGGACAUAAAAUAAAAUGCCUUAAAUUACGUCUUUAGAAUGUGUUGAAAAUUCUUAAUGAACGUGAUUCCGCAAAUUAAUGGUUGCGAAUAUGUCGUGCAUUAUUUUUUUCUGAAUCAUUGGUGUAUUUUUUUUUGUUUUCAUUCACUAAGAUUUUUUUAAAUCUUUGUCAAUAAAAACAAAAGAUAUCCACUGUUUUAACAAAGUAAAUUACAUAUUACGUCCUCUUAAAGUUUGAGACACUUUAACACUGGAUAUUUUAAACCCUUGAAUGUUGUUAAUAUCUAAAUAGAAAUAAACUUUAUUUUUAAGUGUUCUUUUUAUUUCAAUCGACGAGAAGAGACUUUUUCUAUAUGUAGUAAAAGUGCUUGUGCUUAUUAGAACCACGAAAAUCACUUUUGUUAUACAAAAAUUUUUGUUAAUCAUAUUAAUUAUAAUUUAAGUAAUAGUUACUGUAAAGAUACAUUAUAUGUCCGUGUGGAAGGUCCUUUUAAUAUGUUAAUUUUACAACCAACGUAUUUUUAAAUGAAUUGUUGAUGAGAUUGAAGUAUAUAAUUAAUUUAUGAAAACAUUGUUUAGUGUAAUUAAAGAUAAGUAAUGUCGCAAAUACAAUAACAUAAAGUCAAUUAAUAGUUUUUGUAUAUCUUAGAUUUCAAUAAACUGUUAAAUAU